AUGGCUGUCACAAUUCCUGCUGGGUUUCGCGCCUUGCCACUGUCAGCCGUACAGCUAUCUCUAGCAGCUGUUUUGAAAUGCGGCCAGUCAUUUCGCUGGUCAAGUUAUUCCCUGCCCUCGUCCCCUGCCGCAGAGUCGUCUCCUACUCAUGAGUAUCGUCUGUGCUUGAGGGAUCGCGUAGUAUGCUUGAGACAGUCUCCCGACUAUCUUUUCUACUGCUCUGUUUUUCCGGGAGAGCAUCUCUCAGUGCAACAGGAGGGAGUUAAGAACGAAGAAACGUUAUCUUGGCUCAAGGACUAUUUUCAGCUGGACGUAGACUUGGUACAGCUUUACGACCAGUGGAGUGACCGGGAUCAAGUCUUUAAUAAGCUAAAGUCUCGCUUUUCUGGCAUCAGGAUGUUGAGACAAGAUCCUUGGGAAAACCUAGUAUCAUUCAUUUGCUCUUCUAACAAUAACAUACCCCGGAUCACCAAGAUGGUGCACGCUCUUUGCAAACAGUACUCUCCUUCCUUGAUUUCCCUGCCACCCCCCGCACCCAGUGAAAAUAGCACCCAAGGUCCUACGACGUAUCAUUCUUUCCCCCCGCCAUCUGUCCUUGCUGCUCCUGAAGUCAAGUCCACUCUUCGGGCUUUGGGCUUUGGCUACCGUGCUGAUUAUAUUCAACGCACUGCAAAAAUGCUUGUGGAUACUCACGGUUCCUCAAUAUCCCAAUCAGGGUUACGAGAGAACUGCGAGGAGUGGUUGAUUGGAUUAAGAAACAUGAGCACCGAAGCUGCUCGUGAAGAGCUUCUGAAAUUUGUCGGCGUAGGACGCAAGGUAGCAGACUGCGUUCUUCUCAUGAGCUUGGAUAAGAGAGAAGUCAUACCAGUGGACACUCACGUUCACCAGAUCGCUAUCAAACAUUACGGGCUACGUGCCUCCAAAGGGAAAGGUACCAUGACCCCUCGAAUUUACGAGGAAGUGGCUACAAAGCUUGCCGACAUUUGGGGUGAUCAUGCCGGUUGGGCGCAUUCUGCAUGUAUCUAUUCGAAGUUCCCUUUCUUUUUGUUCAUGCCUCCUUUUCUCAGGUGCUUUUCACCGCGGAUUUGA